AUGGUUGCUCAUGAAUGCAGAGAAGCAAGUUUGACUUCAAAUGGUAACAGUCCUUGGCUAGUUGCCAAGGUCAUUGUCAGAGUCUGGCUUUUAAGUUUGUAUUUAAUGAUUUUCCCCUCUUUCUCUUCCUUACAGACUUGCUAUGGGUGCUCUCCAGGAUCAAAGUGUGACUGUAGUGGUGUAAAAGGGGAAAAGGGAGACCGUGGAUUUCCAGGUUUGAAAGGCCAUCCAGGUUUGCCUGGAUUUCCAGGUCCAGAAGGACCUCCAGGACCUCAGGGACAAAAGGGUGAUGAUGGAAUUCCAGGACCACCGGGACCAAAAGGAACCAGAGGUUCUCCUGGACUUCCUGGAUUUCCAGGGACACCAGGUCUUCCUGGAAUACCAGGUCAUGAUGGAGCCCCUGGACCUCAAGGUAUCCCUGGAUGCAAUGGAACCAAGGGAGAACGUGGAUUUCCAGGCAGUCCCGGUUAUCCUGGCUUACAGGGUCCUCCAGGACCUCCUGGGAUCCCAGGAAUGAAGGGGGAACCAGGUAGUAUAAUCAUGUCAUCACUGCCAGGACCAAAGGGUAAUCCAGGAUAUCCAGGUCCUCCUGGAAUACAAGGUCCAGCUGGUCCCAUGGGUAUACCAGGACCAAUUGGUCCCCCAGGACCACCAGGUUUAAUGGGCCCGCCUGGCCCACCAGGAUUGCCAGGACCAAAGGGGAAUAUGGGCUUAAAUUUCCAGGGACCCAAGGGUGAAAAGGGUGAGCAAGGUCUUCAGGGUCCACCUGGGCCACCUGGGCAAAUCAGUGAACAGAAAAGACCAAUUGAUGUAGAGUUUCAAAAAGGAGAUCAGGGAGUUCCUGGUGACCAAGGGCCUCCUGGACCUCCAGGGAUACGUGGCCCUCCAGGUCCUCCUGGUGGUGUGAAAGGUGAGAAGGGUGAGCAAGGAGAGCCAGGCAAAAGAGGUAAACCAGGAAAAGAUGGAGAAAAUGGCCAACCAGGAAUUCCAGGUUUGCCUGGUGAUCCUGGUUACCCUGGUGAACCAGGAAGGGAUGGUGAAAAGGGCCAAAAAGGUGACAUUGGCCCACCUGGACCUCCUGGACUUGUAAUUCCUACACCUGGGACUGGUGUGACUGUAGGAGAAAAAGGAAACCCUGGAUUACCUGGCUUGCCUGGAGAAAAAGGAGAGCGAGGAUAUCCUGGAAUACAAGGUCCACCUGGCCUUCCUGGACCUCCAGGGACUUCAGUUAUUGGUCCUCCUGGCCCCCCUGGAUUUCCUGGAGAAAGAGGCCAGAAAGGUGAUGAAGGUCCACCUGGAAUUUCUAUUCCUGGAUCUCCUGGACUUGAUGGACAGCCUGGGGCCCCUGGCCUUCCAGGGCCUCCUGGCCCUCCGGGCCCUCAAAUCCCUUCUAGUGAUGAGAUAUGUAAGGGAGGCCCUCCAGGUCCCCCAGGAUCUCCAGGUGAUAAAGGACUCCAAGGAGAACAAGGAGAGAAAGGUGACAAAGGUGACACUUGCUUCAACUGUAUUGGAACUGGUAUUUCAGGGCCACCAGGUCAACCUGGUUUGCCAGGUCUCCCAGGUCCUCCAGGAUCUCUUGGUUUCCCUGGACAGAAGGGAGAAAAAGGAUAUGCAGGAGCAACUGGUCCCAAAGGAUUACCAGGAAUACCUGGAGCUCCAGGUACUCCAGGCUUUCCUGGAUCUAAAGGUGAUCCUGGUGACAUCCUCACUUUUCCAGGAAUGAAGGGUGACAAAGGAGAGUUAGGUUCCCCUGGAGCUCCAGGGCUUCCUGGUUUACCUGGCACUCCUGGACAGGAUGGAUUGCCAGGGCUUCCUGGCCGCAAAGGAGAACCUGGUGGAAUUGCUUUUAAGGGUGAAAGAGGCCCCCCUGGGAACCCAGGUUUGCCAGGUCUCCCAGGGACAAUGGGGCCUACAGGUCCUGUUGGUUUUGGCCCUCCAGGCCCAAUAGGUGAAAAAGGCAUACAAGGUAUGGCAGGAAAUCCAGGCCCACCAGGAAUUCCAGGUCCAAAAGGUGAUCCUGGUCAGACCAUAACCCAGCCAGGGAAGCCUGGUCUUCCUGGUAAUCCAGGAAGAGAUGGUGAAGUAGGUCUUCCAGGUGACCCUGGACUCCCAGGCCAACCAGGUCUGCCAGGAAUACCUGGUAGCAAGGGAGAACCAGGUACCCCUGGAAUUGGGCUUCCUGGGCCACCAGGUCCUAAAGGUUUUCCAGGAAUUCCAGGACCUCCAGGAGCACCUGGGAUACCUGGAAGAAUUGGUCUAGAAGGCCCUCCAGGGCCACCAGGCUUUCCAGGACCAAAGGGAGAGCCAGGAUUUGGGUUACCUGGGCCACCUGGGCUGCCAGGACUCCCCGGUUUCAAAGGAACGAUUGGUCCAAAAGGUGAUCGUGGCUUCCCAGGACCUUCAGGUCCUCCAGGACGCACUGGCUUGGAUGGGCUACCUGGACCAAAAGGUGAUGUUGGAGCAAAUGGACAACCUGGACCAGUAGGGCCCCCUGGGCUGCCAGGAAUUGGUGUUCAGGGGCCACCAGGACCACCAGGGACUCCUGGACCAAUAGGCCAACCUGGUUUACAUGGAAUACCAGGAGAGAAGGGGGAUCAAGGACCUCCUGGGUUUGAUGUUCCAGGACCCCCUGGUGAGAGGGGCAGUCCAGGGAUCCCUGGAGCACCUGGUCCUAUUGGACCUCCAGGAUCACCAGGGCUCCCGGGAAAAGAAGGUGUCUCUGGACUUCCAGGUGCCAAAGGUGAAAUGGGUAUGAUGGGACCUCCAGGCCCACCAGGACCUUUGGGAUUUCCUGGCAGGAGCGGCGUUCCUGGUCUUAAAGGUGAUGAUGGCUUACAGGGUCAGCCAGGACUUCCUGGCCCUGAAGGUGAAAAAGGUGGUAAAGGAGAGCCUGGCCUUCCAGGCCCCCCUGGGCCAAUGGAUCCAAGUCUCCUGGGCUCAAAGGGAGAGAAGGGAGAACCUGGCUUACCAGGGAUUCCUGGAGUUUCAGGGCCAAAAGGCUACCAAGGUUUGCCUGGAGACCCAGGCCAACCUGGACUGAGUGGACAACCUGGAUUACCAGGGCCUCCAGGUCCCAAGGGUAACCCUGGUCUCCCUGGCCAGCCAGGACUUAUGGGACCGCCUGGACUUAAAGGAAACAUAGGUGAUAUGGGUUUUCCAGGCCCUCAGGGUAUGGAAGGGCCCCCUGGACCUCCUGGAGUUCCUGGACAGCCUGGCUCCCCAGGAUUACCUGGACAGAAAGGAAACAAAGGUGAUCCUGGUGUUUCAGGCAUUGGUCUUCCAGGUCUUCCUGGUCCAAAGGGUGAACCUGGUCUGCCUGGAUACCCAGGGAACCCAGGUAUCAAAGGUUCUGUGGGAAACACUGGUUUGCCUGGAUUACCAGGGACCCCUGGAGCAAAAGGACAGCCAGGCCUCCCUGGAUUCCCAG